CCCGCCUGACUUUUCGCUUUACCAGCGAAAUUUUGUGUUCUUUUUGUUGAUUUUUGUUAAUAGUUUGUUAGUAAUUUUUGUUAUUAAAACAUGGAAGUUGUAGAGGACAAACACGAAGAUGAAAUGUUCCUGGUUUCAUCAGAUACAGAGUCAGAUUAUGGUGACGAAAACUAUCUUUUUUACGAUGAAAAUUCCGAUACAAGAAAAGAAAUCAAAGAUCGAUUGAGUGCGUUUGACAGUGAUACUGGCGGUAUGUCGGAAGUAUACCAAGAACGGUUUUUACCAAAAUUAAAAGAUAAAACACCAAAUUUCCUGACAUGGCUCGUCGAUACUGACCUACUCUCUUCUACAGUGAGCUGUCCCAACGCUGAAAGCGAUCCAAACUGUUCACAAUACAUGGAGUAUGUAUUUGCCUUCGGAUUAUACGAUUCAUAUCAGUUAAGGUGCAGAAACUGUUUAUCUAAAGAAUCUAUAAGGAAAAAAUCGAUUUUCUAUGGUGUUAAAUGUAACCUGAGAAGUGCAAUAAGGAUAUUGUACGGCUGGGUUAAAGGGGUAGAUCUCGAAGUCAUGUCCAGUAUGUUAGGUUUAGAUAGGAAUAUAAUCGGAACCAUAUAUAAUAGAGCUGCAAAAAUAGCUCUGAGUUGUCUGAGUGUGUCUCCAGAGUUUAUAGAGUUUGGUGGAGAGAACUCUGUGGUUUUAGUUGAUAUUUAUCCCAAUAUGCUACAGUGUCCAAAUAAACUAAAAACGUGUAGACCAAUAUUGUGUAUAGCAGAGGCUGAGAGUUUUCCUCAAAGGUUCUGGCUGCAAGAACUGGAUUUCUGGGACCCACAGGAUCCGGAACAAAUAAGUAAGGUUAGGAAGAAAAUAAUUUUUGCUAUUACAACCCUGGUUAGGCGUGGAUCUACCCUGAUCUUACCCAACUACGAAUCUAUGCCACUGCCCGAGAAUAUCGAAGUACUUAAAAAGAAAUACGCCACGAUAAGGUUUAUGGAUGAACUAAUGAAAUUUGCGUCAGAGCGAAGACCUGUGUAUCCUAUUCUGGAUACCAUCUGGAAAAAACCUGUUAGUUUGUGCGAAGAAGCUCAAUUUUAUAACCCAGGCUAUGUGAGUCAAUUCCUGAUUCGAAAUAUCUGGAACGAGGCUACCGGGAGAGACAGUUUUAUAAUGUUGAUCAUUUUUAUUGUGUACGUUACUCGAAGAAAAAACAUCGAAGAUUAUUUAUAGGUUAAAAACAGUAUUUUUCAAAGACAUCUAACUUAACGGAGACAAAACAAGUUAUAUAGUCUAUAAAAUGAAUAACUUUGAAUUUUGACCGUUAUUUUUUACCAACAUGGCAAAUAUAAAAUCCCUCUAUCAAAAAAGCUACUGAUAUUC